GUCAGAACAGGCAUGUUAUUUCUUUUUGUAUGCAACAGCAAAGACGUCAGCAGCGUGAACUGAUGAAAGCCCUCCAGCAGCAGCAGCAACAGCAACAGCAGCAACAAAAAAUGUCAGGUUGGGGUAAUGUCACCAAGCCAACAGGCGCUACCAAAUCUCUCUUGGAAAUACAGCAGGAAGAGGCGAGGCAGAUGCAGAAGCAGCAGCAGCAGCAGCAGCAACAGCAGCCGAACAGAGUCCGCAGUACUACGCAUUCUAACCUGCACAGCAGCAUUGGGAAUUCAGUGUGGGGCUCUCUAAACACUAAUCCCACCAGCCAGUGGGCAUCUGAUCUGGUCACCAGCAUCUGGAGCAAUUCUGACACUAAAAACUCAAAUAUGGGGUUCUGGGAUGAUGCAGUGAAGGACGUGGGGCCUCGUAACUCAACCAAUAAAAACAAGAGCAAUGCCAGCCUCAGUAAAUCUAUAGGAAUUACGAGCAGACAGAACAAGAAGGUGGAAGAAGAGGAGAAGCUGCUGAAGUUGUUCCAAGGGGUUAAUAAAGCCCAGGAUGGAUUCACUCAGUGGUGUGAACAGAUGUUACAUGCACUCAACACAGCGAACAACUUGGAUGUUCCCACGUUUGUUUCUUUCCUGAAGGAAGUGGAAUCUCCAUACGAGGUCCAUGAUUACAUCAGAGCCUACCUUGGAGAUACCCCUGAGGCCAAGGAAUUUGCCAAGCAGUUUCUAGAGCGCCGUGCCAAACAAAAAGCCAGUCAGCAGCAGCAGCAGGAUUCAGUGUGGGGGAUGAACCAUAGCACACUGCAUUCCGUCUUUCAGACCAAUCAGAGCAACAACCAGCAAUCCAACUUUGAAGCUGUGCAAAGUAGCAAGAAAAAGAAGAAACAGAAAAUGGUUCGAGCAGAUCCCAGUUUGUUAGGAUUUUCAGUGAAUGCCUCAUCAGAGCGACUCAAUAUGGGAGAAAUAGAGACUUUGGAAGACUACUGAUCUUGUGUAGAUUGACCGGUUUUUCCUGUGUCUGUUAACCAUGGACUCUCCACCUUUGGGCACAGUACUUUCUCCAACUUGCAUUUUUCUUCACCUUGCAGUGACUUACAGAAUCAAUCAUCUCAGGCUGCGUCUUCUAGCCCCAACAAUCUUUCUGCCCCAGGUUGCGCAGUCAUUGUGGUCUCUGUCAGCCUAUAGACAUGUGGACUUUGCUCUGUCUCCUAGGUGGGUGGGAGAUAGGAUCCAUUCCCAAAACGGUUGACUGCAGGCAGCAAGCGUUCACUGUGCUGUCAUUUCUUCUGCUGACUUAUCUGAAAAGCCUACUGGGAUUCUGCGAAUGGUAUCUUCCUUUCCCCGGUCAUGCUUAUCACAUCCAACUUGUGCAAUCAUGGAGAUAGUUUGUGGUUAACAGAGAUUGGUCAAAAUCAAAAUGCCACACAGAUACUGACUUCAGUGCUCCAUCAGGACAAGAGAUGCUCUCCAAAUCCAGGAGUUGCAGUCAUAAGCUAACUUUAGAACUGGCAACAGCAGGAGAGGGUGGUGGUGGGCGGAGUUUAACUUGGAUUGGUUUGAUAUUGCACACCCCCUGCCAGCCCCUCUCAGCACAUUAAUUUUGGAGGGAAAGCUUGAGUCUGUCUUCAUUAGGUAGUGAUGAUAGUUACUGGAGUUCUCCCACCAGCAACCUCCAGCCUUCCUGGACAAAUGGGAAUGUAUAAUGGGGGCGAGGGAGGGUGUAUUUCUUCUGUUCAGGUUGAAAUUACUUCCUUAAAUAUUACCUUCAUAGGGAUAGACCAGUUUACUGGAGGCCCUUCUGCUGUGAAUUUGUCUCAUUUAAGAGACAGCUAAAGUCUUGGGUGGGGAAGGACUUUACUUUCCAAACUAGUGUCUCCUACAGUCUCAGCUGGGUUCGAAUGGCAGUGAUUGUUUUGUGUUACAAUAGCGUGCAAGUUAAAGGGCAGAGACCAUCCUCUUCAUAAUGGAAUGAGAUUAAAAGAAAACCUGCCUGCAUCUGAAUUCCUAUAACCAUGAAGAGGGGGAAAGUGAGCUGUGAGGCAAUGGCACUGAUUCCCUUCUACAGCUUCAAUUAUUGAACAUGCCUUCACUUCCAGUCCAUAAUAAUUAAAUAUUUAUGUAAUCCCAGCUUUCCCUGCAGAAGUUAAAAAAAAACCCAAAACCGCAAAAUGCACUUAAUUUGCACCCCUCUUCCCUCCCCGCCAAUCCCAACUCUCAUUCCUAGAGGGCUGCAGUGUGCCUGUGGGGGGGAGAGGCUGCUGUUUGGGUGGAGUGUGUAAAGGUGUCUGUCUUUCUGUCAUCACUGCCUGAAGAAGGCUGCUUGAGUUGCUCCAAAGCAGUUUGGCUUUGGGUUUUAUUUCAUUUGAUUUAUUCAUUUUUUGGGGGGUAAUCUUCCCCUCUUCCUCCUCCUCCCCCCAAACAUGUACAGUAACUAUACAGAGACUGCUGCAGACUUGUAUAUAGUUUUUGGAUCUAAUAGCAUGGAGAGACUUGGAACUGUUGCAAAUCUGGUCUCCCUGUCUCCUUUGCUUUGUAAAGUCAUAAAGGGGUGGAAGAGAGGUAGUUAAAAUGUUUACAAACUUUAAACUCCCUCUGAACUUUUGCCAGUGUGCAGGGGGGAAAAAAGAGAAAUAAAACCUGGUUGUAUUAUAUCUAAGAGCGCAUUUUCUACUUUUGUCUAAAAUAAUUUUUGAGAUUAUUCCUGGAGCUAAAACAGACCUGAAUCUUGACCUUCAUCACAGUUUUCAUCAAGAAACAUCGAGCAGAUACUCAGGAUGUGGAACAACAGCUGCUGCUUUUAUUCCUGUUCUCCUGAGGAACGUUGGUGGUUUUUCUACUUGAUAAUUUUCGAGUUCAAAAUAAACAUCAGUAAGAUGAGACACA